UUGACGUUCAAAACCAUUUCUCAUUUUCCUUUUUCAUGCUAAUUUUCUUUCGUUUUCUUUCACAGAGACGCGAAGGGGGCGUGGCUUUGGACAGGACGUCUCAAAAUGGCCUCCUUGUGCGGAUGCUCGGUGACGUGAAGGGCGGCAGCGGCGCCACCGUAGAGACCUCGCUGGCGUCGGCGGCGGCGGCGGGCAGCGUGGGCGACGGCAGCGGCGGCGGCGACACCGACGGAGGCGACGACGGGCGCGAGAGCAGCUACGGCGGCGGCGGCGGGAGCGGGAGCGAGGCGGAGGACCGGCUCCUGCGCGGCGCUGUCCGGGCGGCGGGCGGCGGGGGGUCGGCGCCGGGCUCCUACAGCAGGUUCCUGACGCUGCACCGCCGGCGCCGCCGCAAGCCGCCCACCAGGCAGAUGGAGAAGCCGCACCGCGCGCUGCUCGACGACCUGUACCACGGGCCCACGCAGUGCGUGUUGUCCCAAGUGGGCGUGUGGGGCUUCAACGCCUUCGCCCUGGACAGCGUGUGCGGAGGGCGGCCCGUGUCCGUGCUGUGCGUGUACCUCCUCCACAAGUACGGCCUCAUCCAGCACUUCAAGCUGGACACGGUCACGGUCUGGAAGUGCUUCAGUCUAAUUGAAGAUGGUUACCACGCUUCCAAUCCCUACCACAAUGCAAUCCACGCGGCCGACGUGACACAGGCGAUGCACUGUUAUCUUCAGGAGGAAAAGAUCAGCGAGCACAUGAAGCCGAUCGAAGUGCUGGCCGCCCUCGUAGCUGCCGUCUGCCACGACUUGGACCACCCUGGGGUCAACCAGCCGUUUCUCAUUGCCACCGAUAACCAUCUGGCAGCCCUCUAUAAGAACCUUAGUGUGCUGGAAAACCAUCACUGGCGAUGUGCUAUGGGCUGUCUCUGGGAGUCGGGUUUGCUCGAUGAUUGGGAUCCGGAUGAUGUUGCAACAUUGCAGGACAUGAUCAGGUCCCUUAUCCUUGCAACAGACAUCACUCGCCAGCAAGAGUUCCUGUCACGGUUUCGGCGGUACUUAGAUGCCAGUAGCCUAGACAUGAAGAAUGCUGACCACCGCCACUUUUCACUGCAAAUUGCCCUCAAGUGUGCAGACAUUUGCAACCCUUGCCGGCCCUGGGAUGUAUCUCAGAAGUGGUCACACAAGAUUUGUGAUGAGUUUUACAGACAGGGAGAUUAUGAGCGACAGCUGAAUCUGCCAGUCACUCCUCUGUGUGACCGGUCUGUGAUGUCUGUUGCCAAAAUUCAAACAGGAUUCAUCAAGUAUGUGGUGUCCCCGUUGUUUGACGCUUGGGAUCGAUGGCUGAGUACAGGGCUCUCCGCCUCAAUGGUCAGCAACAUGAAUGAGAAUCUAGGGCACUGGGAGGAGCAGCUGGCACAGGAAGUAGCGGAGGAGACUGUAACCGAGACGUCCAUAGCACCUUCUGAGUCUCCUCAGCUUCCAAUUGAAGACGAGGAAGAGCUUGAAGGGGAGGGAGGCACCACUCCCAGUAGCAGUGCCGACAGCCACCAGUCUGUGUUGGGAUCCCUGGAAAACGUAUCGAGAUCCCUCCACCUUGGCCGGAGGCACUCGGUACCACUCAAUGUACCACGUCUGGUUCCUCGUACGGUUAUCCGGCGAGAGAGCCUGCCUGAAGCGGAUGGCCAGCCCCUGGUUGUGGAGACAGUGGUUAUGGGAGGCAUGUCAAUGACGUCCCUCACAUCCCAUACGACUGACAAUAAUACCACGCUAACCACGGAUGCCCUUCUACCAGACCCCUCGAUCACAACCAUGGGGGGUGUGGGCACGAGUCAUCCUCGCCAUUCCUUGCGGCUGGCACGCCGAAUGUCACUGCCUCCUGUGUGGUCACAUAGUGUGGGGAGACAUGGGCCUCCUCUGCAGCCUCUGUCCCCCACACCAAGCGAGGACUCAACAACUCAACAGAAUCCUGAUGAGGAUAGUUCAUCUAAGAGAACAGACGACAGCCUAAGAACACAAACAACUGGACAAUGUAGUGGUGGUGAUCAAAGUGGAGGAGGAGGAGGAGGAGGAGGAAGUGGUAAUGUUGAGAGUAAAGAUUCGAAAGGAAGUCAUAGUAAUAGUGAUUCUCAUGAUUUACCAGAUCGGUCAUUUGAGUCAACAACUCGUAACGCUUCCACUUCGGGUCGGGAAUAUAGUGUUCACAAUAGAAAGAAUAUUCAGAGUUCUCAAGGUGCUACAUUCCUUCAUUCUGACUGCUCAGACAGUGUUCACUUCCGGAGUCGUGGUGGUAAGGUGCUAGUGCGAAGAGCCUCGCUAGACAGUACAAGUGUUAGCAGCAAAAGGGAGUUUUUGGAUCGCCUGACAUACGAGAGCAGCAAGUUUGCUCGUGUUGACCACUCAGACCUGGAAAAAGACAAGGAGAACCAGGUUCCGAGAGACGUGUCUGCACAUAGAGAGAGAGCGGUGCCAUUGUGGAAGACGCGUGCUUGGAGGAGCCUUAAUUAUGAGGACGAAAAUGCCUGCGAUCCCAGAGAGAAAAUGUUAAAGCCAGGCAUAUACAAGCUCAAUCAAACUCAGGGAUGCAUGUUUGCCCAUGGUCGUCGUGGAUCAGCCCCGCUUCUCCAGCCAGAGGAACUGAUGGGGGGGCUGAGAGGGGGAGCAGAAAGGCCUGACCAGUGGUACCUGUCAAGACGGAGGGGAUCAGCACCCUCGCAGCAGCUCCAUCCAGGGCUUAAGAUACUGAAAGUGGGUUUCACUGGUGUGGUGCCUCUUGGGUCUGGUGGAGGUGGUACUGGUAUGCAUGGCGUGGUAGCAGGAAGUAGUGCCAACGUACCACCCUUUAAACGACAACGUGCUUUCCCUCAUCGUCUCAAUCGCACUAACUCCUUCUCUGUCCUAGAACCUUUCAUUUCUUCCAUGGCAGGCUCUGAAGGCGAGGGCUGCGCAGAGGUCGCUCCAAGCCGCCUGCCCCCUCUGACUGCAACGGAGAACCUGCCCCUGGGGGAGGGCCCCUUCUGCCUGUCCAGACUGCGUGGCCGAAGGGGUUCCGUGCCCUGCGACACACCCGGCUCGGACCUGGUCGUGGAACAGCCAGUCCUCAAGGAGCACACAGAUAUAAGAUAUGGUCGGAGGGGCUCGGGAGGCCUAGAGAUGCUGCCGUCCAUGGUGGCUAGAGCGCUUCCUUCCUUGUCUACCGGCCGUGGGGGCAUUUCCGGGGGGGGAGCGGGGGGCUCGGGCAUGCCUUCCUCGUCCUCCUUUUACCGUGACUUCCAUAGGGGUUCUGGUGGCUUAGAACUGCUUUCGGGGCUGUGGAGAACUCACCUGGAAACUGAAGCUUCCUUGUUGCACGACGACGCUGAUGUUUGCUCGCAGUCUUCGGGCGGCAUGACCCCAGGGACCCCCGGGGCAGUCCCCCCUCCCAGGGUGAAUAUUUCCUUCCCACUGCACAGACGCGGCUCACUGCCAACAGACCUCUUUUACUCAGACUCGGUUGUGCCAGACCCAUCCCCCGAAGUGUGGUUUGGCAGUAAGCUAGAGGGGACCUCAGUGUGUGGGGUAAUGAGGGGACGUAGCAGCGCGAGUGCCCGGGCCCUCCGUCUCCGCCCUAGCCCCAUCCUUCUGCCAGCCUCCAGUGCCAAGCUUACGUCUCCCUCUCUGUCAACCCGCCCGUGAAGAUGCUGCCGUUGGGGUGGAACUUCUUUGGACGAGUCGCCGCCUCCCUUUUUUAAUAUAUAUAUAUAUAUGUAUGAUUAUAUAUGUGUGUAUGUGUGUGUGUAUAUAUG